AUGGCCCAACCUUCCUCGUCUCAUCGAGAACGGGAGCGCAGUGAACGCUCAUCUUCCCGCCAUCACCACCAUCGCACCAUCUCGUCCACCACUCUCCUUCUGGUCCUCUCCCUCGUGCUUGCGGUCCUCGCCGUCAUGCUUUCGCUUCCAUCGCAUCAAACAGGUGCUGCUGCUGCGAACGGUGAACAAGCCAAGGACGGAGGUUUUUGGGGCAUCAUCUCUCCGAAACGUACUCAAGCCCUCCUCGCUCGUGAGAGCAACGUCGCCGUUCGUGAGGCCGAGGUUGCUCGCCGCGAGGCCGAAAUCCUUGCAGGCGCCCCCGGCGGUGUCAUUGCCGCCCCUACCGCCAGUCCUCUUGUCUGCCCAGCCUGCCCCACUGUCUAUGAGAAGGUCACCGAGGCUCCUCCUCCGAUCCAGACGGUAAUCAAAGAAGUCGUCAAGGAAGAGUCUCUCACUCCUCCUGGCUGGUGGGACCAGGCUCGCAUUCGCGCAGAGGAUAUCCUCGACCGUGAACUCAAAAUUGCUGAACGCGAGCGCGAAAUCAGCCGUCGUGAGGAAGCUGUCAAUCGCCGCGAGCACGACGCGUCAAGACGCGAGAGCUGGAUCAUGGAGCAACUUGUGAUGCUCAACGAGGGUCAACCUGAGACCGUGGAGGAAGAGUACAUCUACAACGAGCCCCCUCCCGUUGUACCUCCCGCCGGCGCUGCCCGACGGAAACCCAAGGUACCACCGCCUCCACCCCAGCAGCGCCGCUCCGAGCUCUGA